AUGGAAACCUGGUGGUGGCUCAUCUUCAUAUUCACCAUUCUUCUCUGCAUCCUAACCACCCUUAAAUCCCUCUUCAAUUUCACCAUUACCAAUCCCAAAACCAACACUACCAAGAACAACCUCCCUCUCCCACCAGGACCCUCAACUUUAAAAGUCUUCAAAAUUCUCCUGAUAUCCAUAUGGCAUCGACUGACAGUUUUCGACUUGGAACCAAAACUCAGAAACACAAAAAACAAGUAUGGCCCUCUCUUCAUCUUUGGAUUGAAAUCAAAGCCAACAAUAUUCAUUGCCAACCAUGUUUUAGCCCAUUUAGCUCUCAUCCGAAAGGGUGCAAUCUUCUCCGACCGCCCAAGUUCUCAAAAUACACCAAUGCUGCAAAUCUUCGAUAGCAACGCCCAUAGAAUCAGCACUGCCCCCUAUGGUGCUACCUGGCGGCUCCUUCGCCGCAAUCUUGCUUUAGAAAUCCUUCAUCCUUCCUGUAUCAAGUCUUACUCUAGAGUGCGACGUUGGGUGCUGAGCUUACUCUGCAGGCGCUUUCUUGACGAGUUUCAGCGGCCAACAGAUGUAGUGGAUCAUUUCCGUUAUGCUAUGUUUUCCCUGUUAGUGUUCAUGUGCUUUGGGGACAAGCUUUCGGAGGAGAAAAUCAGUGAAAUUGAGGCUGUUCAGCGUAGAUGGUUGUUAAGUCUUGGGAGAAUGAGCAUCUUCAUCCUCUGGCCUAAACUUGGGAGGAUCUUGAUGGGGAAGAAAUGGAAAGAGCUUCUCCAAGUAAGAAAAGAUCAAGAAAACACAUUUAUACCACUUAUUCAAGCUCGAAUCAAGAUGAAAAGUCAAGGGAAAUCCAACAACGACGAGGAGCUGGUGGCAUAUGUUGACUCCUUAAUCGAUUUGCAACUUCCAGAAGAGAAAAGGAAGCUAAAUGAUCAAGAAAUCGUUAGUCUUUGUGGAGAGUUUCUGAACACUGGCACUGAUUCCACAGCCACAGCAUUGCAAUGGAUCAUGGCUAAUUUGGUGAAGUAUCCCGCAAUUCAGGACAAGCUUUACGAAGAGAUAAUAGGGGUGGUUGGAUUGCCAGAGCCCAUACUCGUGAAUGAAGAUGAUUUGGAGAAAAUGCCGGCUUAUUUGAAAGCUGUAGUGCUAGAAGGGCUGAGGAGGCAUCCACCAGUGCACUUUCUUCUGCCUCAUUCUGUGACAGAGGAUGUGGAAUUGUAUGGCUAUUUGAUUCCCAAAAAUGCUACUGUGAAUGUAAUGGUGGCUGACAUGGGUUGGGAUCCGAGCAUGUGGGAGGAUCCUUUGGAGUUCAAGCCUGAGAGAUUUUUGGCCAGCAAUCAUGUUAAUCCUUCUGUUAAUCAUGACCUUGGUAACCAUCAAUGGUUUGAUUUAACAGGGAACAAAGAGAUAAAGAUGAUGCCAUUUGGUGCUGGGAGAAGGAUGUGUCCAGGCUACGGUUUGGCAUUACUUCACUUGGAAUACUUUGUAGCCAAUUUUGUUUGGAACUUUGAAUGGAAAGCUAUAGAUGAAGUUGGAGUUGAUCUAUCAGAGAAACAAGAGUUCACCGUUGUGAUGAGGAAUCCACUUCUUGCUCGCAUCAAGGGUGUGCUUUCUUCCCUUUCAAUAUUUUCUUGGGUAAAAUAUCAAAAAAACUCCCUAUGA